AUGACCGCUCUUCCAGCUUCUGGCGGUGUUCGGAGCCUUUUGGCGAAAUUCGAAAACACAAACAAUAACAGUAACAACCCCGACGUGUCUCCCUCCCGCGGCCGAUCUUCCGUUGACUCCCAAGACAAUGCAACCAAUAGACCUUUAUCCAAAGUGCGAGCAAGCUUUGUCUCUGUUGAGAGAAACGGUCAGGGCUCACCUACACCUGGUGUAUUGCGAAGAGCCGAAAGUUACAAUAGCGCAGAUGUAGACUCGAACCAUAGAUCGGCCACCGUGUCACCCACCGGACAACUCGAAACCGCCUCGGCGUCGCCCUUCAACCCGUCUCCCCACAAGAUUCGCACCGCACUGGCGACUUUUCAAGGCGAUAGAAUCGAGAAUGCUAAUGCGAAGCUUGCGUCUCUUGUAGCGAAGGAUAAUGCGCACCCGCCGCCAAAAGUUACCGAGAAAUCAGAGACCACACCGGAACUACUACAACCCGCAAUUAUCGAGAAACCGGUGGACAAACCAACAAAUGCUGCAUCUACAAAGCAGACAGCCCCUUCGAAGACAAUCAAGAAGAGCGCAUCCACACUUUCAAUUGCAAAAGAAUCAUCGCAAAAUAAGAACCCAACCAGAGCCCCCACUGUGAAGGAAAGAAAGCCCGCUGUGACCCCUACUAGAUCGGCUACUACCACAACUCGCCCCGCAGCGCACUCAGAUAAACCCGCCAGUAGAAGUACUGCUGCCAGAAGCUCAACCCCGGCGACGCGCGCUGAGCGUGCCAGCACGCCUUCUCACGAUAUUACCAAACGUCCUCCUGUCCAGCCGUCACCCAAGACAAAGCCCGCUUCGAAGUCUCCUACCCGUCCUGUACGUCUUCCAGCGUCUCUUGUGACACCUACUGCUGCCUCAGCUGCGAGGACGGGAACUUUGGCCCGCUCACAGAGCCACGUGAACCUACGAAGCUCGCCCAAAACUGAAGCAGCCAAGACCCUAUCCCGCAAGCCAUCAACACUCAGACCAGACACAUCUCGACUAGCAACUCAUACCAUUCCUGAUCGACCAAAAUCUCGCGUGAGCACCACGUCCUCGCGUGCUCCCCAAGAAGAAAGUUUUCUCGCUCGAAUGAUGCGCCCUACUGCCAGCUCUGCGAGCAAAAUGCACGACAAAGUUGAGCCAAGGAGUCCACCGAGACUCGGAAAGGCCGCAAAAUUGACUCCAAAGAAGGAGACUCCCACCAAAACCGCUGAGGUCAAGAAAGAAAUGCAUGAAAAGCCCCUACAGGACCCCACACCGGCUACACCAAAAGCCAAAAUCGAGAAGGUGGCACCGGAUCAAACUACUAUCAAAGAAGACGAUGCCCUGGAGAAUGGUCAUCACGUUGCACAAUCGGCAACAUUAGCAAAGGACGAGUUUCCAAAGGAAGCUGGAGUCUCUACUGCGCAGUCUACUUCAGAUUCCAUUAUGACAGAGAAAGCUCCUGAAACCACAGCAGAGCCAUCCUCUGAGCUAGCUGAAGAGUCGAAAACAAAAGUUACUGCAGCCGAGCCUUCACCCGAGCCAGUGACUGAGCAGAAUAUCCAUAAGGAAGCAGUCCAAGAACUUGAGACCCAGGCUACCCAAGCAGAUGAUGUGAAUGAUAUUCCUGGCAAGGAUCUGGAAUCGGUCCCAGAAACAGUUCCCGAGGUACCGGAGAAUGAUGUCAAAGAGACCGCCCAGGGAACUGCAGCAGAAAGUGAUUCUUCCCACGACAACCAGCCAGAAACUAUUGCCGAACCCGUUCUAGAAGCCCCUGUUCCAUUAGAGGGGAUCUGGAACAAGACAGAUGAUGUCCCUGAAGACCAAGAUGUGAAACAUGCCGAGCCAGAACAACCCACGGAAAAGUCAGUGCCCGCUGCUGCAGAGGAGACACCAGCGGAACCCGUUGAGAAGGCCGAAGAGCCAGUGCAGAACACUUCGGUAGACAAAUCUCUCGAAUCUACUGCUGAAAAGACAGAAGAAAAAGUCGAAUAUGUACCGGAAGAUGAUAACUGACGACUUCUUUCUACCCCUUGUGAGAAGCGUCUUCUCGUUUGCACUUUUUGAAAGCUGUAUCAUGUGAGCGAAAACCUUUUCCCGUCAGCUUGUACUAACUUCUUCACCACAUGAAGGGAUCAUGUAUCCCUUUUCUUCUACUUAACUAAUCUGUUCUGGAGUUUUGGGAAACAAGUUCUAUUUCAUCAUCUCUUGCAACAUUCUACCCUUGACACUUUCUACUUUGCAUUGAUACUCCCUGUCUAGCGGUUCUAUUUCUUCGCAAAAUCCAUUCUACUCUUUCAUCAACCUGUUAAAAUUCUAGCAGUUCUUCAUCCAUCAAGCUGCAUCCCUUUAUUGGAAUUUUUGAAAAUUACUUUCGAUUCUUGUAUUUACAUUCCUUUUUACUUAUCAGCUUGUUUGUUCACUUUUGGGCUGAAUGUUGAAGUUAUUUCGCAUAUCUUCUUUUCCUGUUCACUUUGAAUGGUCUGAAAUUUUGUCCUUUUGAGGUAUAAGUUGUGAUAGUCUGAUUCUGCGUGGAUGUUGUGUAUUAUUGUUGUAGCAUUAGCUACAUGUAGCGUAUUGCAAUAUCAAGAAGAAUUUUUGGCACAUAUCU